UCGAGUGCCUGCGUUCAACAAGUUCAAUUCAAGGAACAGCAGUUAUUACACGUGCAAGUGACUUCCAAGUAUUCUCUCUAUUUAGACCAACUAGCUCACAAAAACUUAAACAGGAUGUCUCACGUACAGUUCACUGCAAUUUGCUGUUUCGCCAUUGUCCUCCUGGCUGUUGGCGUGCACAGUGCCCAGGCAGCCACACAGGCUCCACUCUGUCAGCCCGGCAUUGUUGAGGAGAUGCCGCAGCAUAUCAAAAAGGUUUGCAUGGCACUGGAGAACUCCGAUCAAUUGACAUCGGCCCUCAAGUCCUACAUCAACAAUGAGGCAUCGGCUCUCGUGGCGAACUCGGAUGAUUUGAUGAAGAACUACAACAAACGGACGGAUGUUGAUCACGUCUUCCUGCGUUUUGGCAAGCGUCGUUAAGGAACAAAGCAACCCCGCUCUCUAAAUAAUCUAAUAACACGAUGCGACCCUGACUAAUGAUGGUUUAAAUAAAGAUAUUUGUUUCAAGCACAACAAAAUGGCGUCUUCACAUAAUAAGCAUAUUGUAUUCUUGGCACACAUUGCCGUUGAAUAUGUGAAUAAUCAACUUGGAAGCUCUCUAGUUCAAUAAUAAUAAAAUAAAACAAAUGAAUGUAUACAAUAUAUACUCGUAAAUAUCUCAUAUUUGUAUAUAUUCGUACAUAUUCAAGGACCCCCGAAAAACAUAAUGAAAAUGUUGAUCUCUUAAUUUGUUUAUGGUCUUGUUUUAAAGCACUUUAUUAAUGUAAAAUACAAAUAAAAACUUUGUAAAACAUA